GGGUGGCUUGUAAAUGGGACUUGUAACACAGUCGAACGCCUCCUCGAGGCAUUUGGAAUCGUUUUCUUGGUUUUGACACUUUUUCUACUCAUCUAUACGGUCACAGGUUAUUGGAAAGGCAAAGAGUGUGCGAAGUUUUCCAGCCCCACCGGGCGUCUUGGAGCUUCUUUUUUCUCUCUUCUAUAAUUCUCCGGUUAACGCCGGGUAAGCCAGGAGUCAGAAAUUGAGUAUGGAGGGUGGGGAGUAUAUAUCUACAAUGGAAAAUAUGGACCCGACGUUGUCAGAACUUGGAGACGAAUUUACUCUGGGUGACAUCGAUGAGAUGCUCCAGUUUGUCAGCAACCAGGUGGGCGACUUCCCCGACCUCUUCGAAGACCAAAUGGCCCCGGGUUCCCUCCAGACCGGUGCAGGGGCCGCCCCCCGCCCACCGCCUCAGACCCCUCAGACACCCCAAACUGCUGCCCUGGCCCCCACCCCUGCUCCUACCCCUGCCCCUGCGCCCGCCCCCCAGUCUUUGCCCCUCACCCCUCCCCAAACCCCCGUCCAGGCGGCGGCCUCCCCCCAGCAACAGCAGCAGCUUCGCACCCCUCCCCUGCUGCAGCCCCGGCCCCCCCUCGCCCAGCAGAUCCAGCCGCAGCCCACCCAGACCCUCCAGGUCCAGACCCAGGCCGUCCCAGUCCAGACGCAGACCCUCGCCGUGCAGACCCAGAGCUUCCCCGUGCAGGCCCAGACGGUGCCGGUCCAGACCCAGGCCCAGACGGUGAUGUUCGCCCCCACGCUGAGCAGUGCCUCCCAGUCCCGCUUCAUCCAGAACCAGGUCAUCUGCCACCAGAGCCCCACCACCGGCUUCCAGGUCCUGCAGCCACAGAUGCAGAGCAUUGUGACAUCACCACAAGUCCAGCCAAUGACAAUUCAACAUCAGCGCGUCCUGACACCAGCCGGCCAGACAAUACAGACGCUCUCCACAGCACCCACUGCAGUGCAUACUAUGUCACAGCAGGUGCAGCAAGUUCCAGUCCUUGUCCACCAGCCCCAGAUUUUAAAAACAGACUCACUAGUGCUGACCACACUGAAGCCAGAUGGAACCCAGGUUCUGUCCACAAUGCAGAACCCGGCCAGCAUCACCACCCUGACCACGCCCAUCCAGACCACCGCCCUGCAAGUGCCGACUCUGAUGGGCGGGAACAUCCUCACCACCGUUCCUGUCAUGAUGGGCGGCGGGGACAAGCUGCCCAUCAAGCAGCUGUCGUCGGGGGCGUCCCACGGCGGGACCGCCGUCAGGGCGGGCCUGGACCAGGGGGCCGGGGUGGGGGUGGGGCCUGGGACGGGGGUGAAGGAAGGAGAGAGGAGAACCACCCACAACAUCAUCGAGAAGAGGUACCGCUCCUCCAUCAACGACAAGAUCCUGGAGCUGAGGGACCUGGUCAUGGGCAACGAUGCCAAGAUGCACAAGUCAGGUGUACUGCGGAAGGCUAUUGACUACAUCAAGUACCUGCAGCAGGUCAACCACAAACUGCGGCAGGAAAACCUGGCUCUCAAGAUGGCCAACCAGAAGAACAAGUCAGUGUGUCUGACUGAGGAGAUGGAGGUGAAGCCAGAGGUGGUGAUGAUGUCACCCCCGGCCUCUGACUCCGGAUCAGGCUCUCCCCACCAGUUCUCCCCUUACUGCAUCGACUCGGAGCCUGGGAGCCCCUUACUGGAGCACGAGCAGGUGAAGAGUGAGCCGAAUUCGCCCUCCUCUGUAGGAGUAAUGGACCGCUCUCGCCUCCUCCUCUGCGCCCUCACCUUCCUCUGCCUCUCCCUCAACCCCCUCCCGUCGCUCCUGGGAUCCGAGCCCCGGGGUGGGGGCCCUGGCUGGGUGGCAGCGGGGGGCGGGCAUGGACCCUCCCGAAGCUUGUUCGGUCUGCCCAGUCAAACCCAGAACUUCGCUGGCUGGCUGUGGUGCCUCCUGCCCUGGGUGAGCGUGUGGGUGCUGAGCGGGGUGGGGGCAGUGUGGGGCUGUGUCAGGGUGCUGUACCUCUGGGAGCCCGUCACCCCUCUCCACUCCCCCAAAUCCGUGUGCUUCUGGAGGCACCGAAAGCAAGCAGACCUCCACUUGCACAGGGGUGACUAUACCGCUGCAGACGCCAGCCUGCAGACCUGCCUUUCCGUCUUGUCCAGGGCCCUCCCGACUACCGGGCUGGACCUCGCCUGCUCCCUGUCCUGGAAUGUGAUUCGCUACUGCCUGCAUCGGCCCACCCCCCUGGGCUGGCUGGUACGCCAGGUUGGAGGAAAGCACGAGGGGGAGGAGUCCCAGACCAGUUCCCGGGAUGCUGCCCUGGUCUAUCACAGGCUCAGCCAGCUGCAGCUCACAGGGAAACUGGCCCAGCGCAGCAGCCUGUGGGGGCUGUCUCUGUCCCUCAGCGCGGUCAACCUGAGCGAGAGCGCCCAGGGGAAAAUGCCCCCCGUUCAGCAAGCCGAGAUCUACGUCACUGCUGCAACCGCUCUCCGGGCCGUGCUGGGGCACCACCUCACCUGUCUGCCUGGUUACCUGCUGAGCUGUGCUGAGAGCGUGGCCUGUCAAUCAGACUGUAGGCCGCUCCCUGAUUGGCUGCGCUGGCUCUUCACGCCGCUGGGCCGGCAGUUCUUCUUGAGUUGCGACUGGUCCGUGAAUUCUGAGAACCGGGAAUCGGUGUACACCUCUCAGAGAGAUCCAGCCGACCCCAUCGCUCAGCUGCACCGCUGCUUCUGUGAGAAGCUGCUGGAGAGAGCCGUGCACUCGCUCAUCCAGCCCCACUCCAGCACGGAGGCCGACAAGCGCAAAGACGACAGCGGGGAAUUCUCCAGUGCCUUGGAGUUUCUCCAGUUGCUGAACAGCUGUACAGAGGAGUCUCCUUCCCCCACCCAACCUUUCCCUCCCCCGCCCAAUCACAACACCACCCCAGUGGGAGACCCCGUGUGCCGGUGGUGGGCGUCGGUCCUGAAGGCAGCCGUUCAUUGGCUGCAGGGUGACGACGCGGCGGUGAGGUCGUUGCUGGCCGAGGUCGAGCGCAUGCCCAGAGCCCUGCACAUGCUCGAUCACCCGCUGCCCAAGGCUGUGCUGCAGCUGUGCAAGGGGGUCCAGCUGAGCCUGUCCCCCCAGAAGGGCGAGGGGACCCUGGGCUGCCGGGCGCACUGCGACCGAGCCAGCGGCUACCUGCAUGCCAGCAUCUCUGUGCCCAUCUCUCAGUCCGGCAACUGGCUCAACAAGGGGGUGGAGCUCCUGGUGUGUGACCUCCUGCUGACCCUGAGGACCAGCCUAUGGCAGCGAGGAGGCGGCACCAACGGGGAGCCGGGCCCUGUUCUCAGCUCGCAGCUGGCCGGGUUUCAGAGGGACCUAAGCUCUCUGCGCAGGCUGGGACAGUGCUACAAGCAGGCACAACAUAAGCUGUUCCUGCAUGAGACCACAGUGAGGCUGAUGGCAGGGGCCAGUCCCACGCGCACGCACCAGCUGCUGGAGCACAGUCUGAGACGCAGGAGUCAAAACCCCGGCUACACAGCAGAGGGGGAGUGCCUGCUGGGGGAGAGGGAGAGGGCCCACGCCAUCCUGCUGGCCUGCCGCCACCUGCCACUGCCCCUGCUCACCCCGCCGGGUCACCGCGCCCGCCUGCUGGCGGAGGCCAAGCGGACGCUGGAGCGGGUGGGUGACCGGCGCUCGGUGCAGGACUGCCAGCAGAUCUUGCUGAGGCUGAGCGGGGGCACCACCAUCGCCGCCUCCUGAGGAGGACACACCCCCACCCACACCUGGACCACACCCUCCGCCUAAACCCAGACCACAACCUCCAUCUACACCUGGACCACACCCCUGUCUACACCCGGACCACAACCUCCAUCUACACCUGGACCACACCCCCCAUCUAAACCUGGACCAUACCCCCCCAUCUACACCCGGACCACAACCUCCAUGUACACCUGGACCACACCCGUGUCCACACCCAGAUUCUUCAUGGACUUGUACACUUACAGACCCCGUGUUUAUACUAAUACACAUGAAUUCUCUGCGUACACUCACACCAAACACACAGACACACACUCUUUACAUGUUCUCACAUUUAUACACUGUUCAUGAGGGGGGCGGAGUAGCACGAAUUAGCAGUCAAGGUGGGGAAGGGACCAACAUGGAUGCUCCUCCUCCUCGAGCCUCCACCUUUCUUGGGUCAAAGGCACAGGGGCCCUGCUCUUACUGACACACACACAGACUGUCCUCAGAGCUCAAUAGGCUGGACCUAAUUCGCACACACACUGACCGCAGAUCUGCUUCACACACACACACACACACACACACACACUGGACCGACCGUUAAAGUGACACAGAGACAGUGCACAGUAUGCUGAGAGGCGCAAGGUUACAGGUAAAACUGUACACAGCAGCAACAGGCGCAGCAAACUGACUUGUCGGUCGCUACAUGCUAACAGACUGUGUACAUCCGCUGCACCCACGCUGAUGUAUACAUGUGUUGACAGAUGCAUAGGCUUCCUCUACAGGGGCAAAAAAAGCCGGUCCUUGCUGAUACGUUGAGGCCGAUUACUGGGAACAGACUAACUCCAGCCUGCUGUUUGCCACCAAGUGCGUGUGUAAUGUAUGUACAUGUGAUACUGUUUUUUUUUUUUUUUAAUGUCCAUAUGCAUCUGACAUCACACUGCGAUGAAACAGGGGAUGUCCAAUUAGGAGAAGACGUGCAGUAGUCAGUAAGGAACAUCGGUGCAGUAAGGCUUGCAGCUCACCCUUAAAGCAUUUACUGUAUGACGCAAGUUAACCACCAGUUUAAAAAUGCAACCGCAGACUAGUUUCUCACAGCUGAGCAGUAGCAGUGUGUACCUACCUCAUUGACUGUACAGUGCCAGUUCACUGUAGCACAGUGCAGCACUGCAUCAAUCAGCACCAAUUACCAAUAAUAAGGAAUAAACAGUACGGUGUUGAUUUGCUGUACCUUAGCGCAAUGCUAAAUACAUAGCACUCUGUAAUACUGUUUAAAUAAUACUGCAUAAUGCUCAUUUGGUGGAAAAAAUGUCAAAUGUCAAGCAAUUUUUAUUAACUUAAAACAAAGAUAAGCUGAUUCUGCUUAUAGUUACUUUAGAUACACACGCACGGUCAGUACAUGUGAUUUGUAUAUAAUUGUAUAGAGCAGUGUAGACUUGAGUCUUAAACAGAGGUAUGGACAGCAGGGUGUGCCAGCGAGAGAGAGAGACGGGAAGAAAAGAAUGAGAAUCCUGCUUAAUCCUUUCCAAACCAACUCAUUUUCUGAGCUAGAUUGUUGACAAGGUGAAGAAAAACAACUAGACACUGGUGACCUUUGACCUUGAUCAGCAAUAUAUCUUGGAUUAUGUUGUGUUCACUGACCAGAACUAGUCAAAGACUACUGCCAAUCAACAAACUUGGGAUCCAUCCAGAAUGAGUGGACUACUGGGAUUGGUGGAAAGUGUAGAUUCUUGACAAAAAGCUUUUGAGCUUUAAGGCCUUAGUGUAGAUCAGAUUUUUUUUCCGUAUCAUUGUCAUGCCUUGUAUAAUGGGGAAAAUAUUCAAACAUUAUUUUCAUUGUUUUGUCAUUCAUUAUUAUACUGCUGUCAUUGUCAUUGGUGUCAUUUUUAUUAUUUAAUAAUAGUAAUAUUAUACGUGUCUUUUUUGCUCAAAGCUGAUCGAUAAUGCUCAGGCUUUGAAGAGUGAUAUUUUGCUAUUAGUGUUUUCUAUUUUAAAGGCAACAUAGGGACUUUGUCGAAAAGAAAGGGGGAUUUCUUAGAAUCCAUAAAGUUGUUUGUUUUUUAUUAUUAUUCAGUGGGUAUAUAUCUGCAGAAAAGUAGUGUUGUCUUACUUUUAAGUUAGUUAGCAUGAGGAUUUGGGAUAUUCUUUUAAGUAUAAGUGUAUUGUUGACAUGCACUCAAACACACAAAGAUACUCACACAUGCUGACCAAGGCUGACAAGCACAGAUGGCCACGUUCUCUUCAGUAGCUGGUUUCCAUGGCAGUUUCGCAGCUUGAGCCAGUGCAUGUGCUGUUUCUCUGGGAAACCUUGGGCAAACACUCAGCCUGCAUGGAUUCUGCCUUGAGAUUUUAACACACAGUAGCUAUAGCAGAAGGGUGUGCUAUGGAAACUCUGUUAAAGUGUCAGUUACUCACCGAUAGGAGUCUGUUCCAACCAAAAUCCCUUAAUGCUGAGUCACAUCGGUUGACAUCCACUGAACACUGUACCGCAGUCUGCUGUUAGUAGAGUUGUCACUGUUGAUGUGUUACAGUAUGUUUUGCUUAAAUUUUCCCUGUAUGUGUGUUUUGU